ACUAAGGGGUAGAUGCAUCAUCAGGAGGGAGCACAGUAUGAAGAAAGCAGGCAGGCCAGUGGGGAAUAAGGCAGCAAGUGGAGGAGGUAAAGGUGACUCAGUGACGGCCGGAAACUGUGCUGGCAAAAACACUGUUAAGAGCCCUACAUCAGCUUCUCUCUCCAAGGUGAAAAGCAAUGAUGAUCUUCUAGCUGCUAUGGCUGGUAGCAGUGCAGGCACAAACAACAGUGUUGCCAAGGGCAAGAAGUCAACGUCUACUCACUCAACAUCUUGUGGAACAAACACUAAUAACCCUGACACCAAGACCAAAACCACCUCAGGUCCUUCUGGCAAACGGACAACAUCCAUGACCUCCAAGGAGUCGAAUUCCUCUCGAGAGCGUUUAAGAAACUCUAGAAACUCCAGCAGUAAAAAGCAGUCGUCCACUGGUGCUUCAGAUAGAGCUCAGCCCAAGCAUUCCCGUGCACUGGCCCAGACCUCGGACUCGGAGAGCCGCAUGAGCAAAUCAAAGUCUGACGGACAGUUAAGCGAUAAAGUGGCCCUGGAGGCCAAAGUGAAAAAUCUGUUAGGUCUGGCCAAAAGCAAAGACGUGGAAAUCUUGCAGCUCAGGGGUGAGCUGAGGGACAUGAGGGUUCAGCUGGGACUGCCUGAGGAAGAUGAGGAGGAAGAGAGGCCACCUGAGAGAGAGGCGGCUGCAGUGAUCACAGCUGCGGAUGUGGAGUCAACAUUACUGCUCUUGCAGGAGCAGAAUCAGGCCAUCCGUGGAGAGCUUAACCUGCUCAAAAAUGAAAACCGCAUGCUGAAGGACCGCCUCAAUGCUCUGGGCUUUUCCCUAGAGCAGAGACUGGACGGGGCUGAUAAGACCUUUGGCUUUCCCUCCACCAGUCCUGAACUCUCCUCUGGAGGCGCUGGAGCUCAUGGAGACUGCGCCACGGUGGCCUCCUCCGUUGAGGGAUCGGCACCAGGCUCUAUGGAGGACCUCCUGACAGGAGGCCAGCGAAGUGGCUCAACGGACAACUUAGACAGCGAGUCCAGUGAGGUCUACCAAGCAGUGACCUCCAGUGAUGAUGCCUUGGAUGCUCCUUCAGGCUGCGGUUCUUCAUCAUCCUCUGAGUCUGAAGGUGGCCCUCCGGCCUGCCGCAGUUCCUCUCGUAAAGGAAGCAGUGGCAACACCAGUGAGGUGUCCGUGGCGUGCCUGACAGAGCGCAUUCAUCAGAUGGAGGAGAACCAACACAGCACAUCAGAAGAGCUCCAAGCCACUCUACAGGAACUGGCUGACUUACAGCAGAUCACACAGGAGCUAAACGGCGAAAAUGAACGCCUGGGAGAAGAAAAGGUCCUGCUUAUGGACUCGCUGUGUCAACAGAGUGACAAACUAGAGCACUGUGGUCGUCAAAUAGAGUACUUUCGCUCACUCCUGGAUGAGCAUGGUGUUGCCUACUCGGUAGAUGAAGACAUCAAGAGUGGCCGAUACAUGGAGCUGGAGCAGCGCUACGUGGAGCUUGCGGAAAACGCCCGCUUUGAGCGCGAGCAGCUGCUAGGCGUGCAGCAGCAUCUGAGUAACACUCUAAAGAUGGCCGAGCAGGACAACGCUGAGGCUCAAAAUGUGAUCGCAGCACUGAAGGAGCGCAACCAUCACAUGGAGCGACUUCUGGACGUGGAAAGGCAAGAGCGAGCCAGCAUGGCGGCAGUGCUGGAGGAGUGUAAAGCUGCGGUCAACAACGACCAGGCUGAGCUGAGUCGCUGUCGAGUCUUACUCGAGCAGGAGAGGCAAAAGGUUGCAGAACUCUAUUCUAUCCACAAUGCUGGAGAUAAGAGUGACAUCCACCAGCUCCUGGAGGGGGUGAGGCUGGACAAAGAGGAAGCUGAAGCCAAAGCCUCCAAACUACAGGAUGACCUGGGCCAUGCUCGUUCUGAGGUUGCAUGUCUGCAGGACACACUCAACAAGCUGGAUGCAGAAUACAGGGACUUCCAGAGUGUAGUGCAAAAAGAGCUGGCUGAGCAAAAGAGGGCUAUAGAGAAGCAACGGGAGGACCUGCAGGAGAAAGAGACUGAGAUCGGAGAUAUGAAAGAGACCAUCUUUGAGUUGGAGGAUGAAGUGGAGCAGCACCGAGCCGUCAAACUUCAUGACAACCUCAUCAUCAGCGACCUGGAGAAUUCGAUGAAAAAGCUUCAGGAUCAGAAGCAUGACAUGGAGAGAGAGAUAAAGAUCCUGCACCGCAGACUCCGGGAAGAGUCUGCAGAGUGGCGUCAGUUUCAGGCAGAUCUGCAAACUGCUGUGGUCAUUGCUAAUGACAUCAAAUCAGAGGCUCAAGAGGAGAUUGGUGACUUACGGCGCCGCCUGCAAGAAGCCCAAGAGAAGAAUGAGAAGUUGGGCAAAGAAAUAGAGGAAGUUAAAAACCGCAAGCAAGAUGAAGAGCGUGGUCGUGUGUAUAACUACAUGAACGCUGUGGAGAGGGAUCUAGCUGCGCUCCGGCAGGGUAUGGGAUUGAGUCGACGACCGUCCACAUCCUCCGAACCAUCGCCCACCGUUAAAACUCUCAUCAAGAGCUUCGACAGUGCCUCACAGGGUCCUGGAGCUAACGCUACUGCUGUCGCUGCCGCCGCCGCUGCUGCAGCAGCCGCUGCUGCUGUCACCGUCACAAGCACAACACCUACAGCCCCUUUACCCAGAACACCUCUGAGUCCCAGCCCAAUGAAAACCCCACCUGCUGCUGCCGUCUCACCCAUACAGAGACACUCCAUCACUGGCUCCAUGGCUGCCGCAAAGCCUCUCUCCUCACUUGCAGACAAAAGACCCAGUUACACAGACAUCAGCAUGCCAGCUGAGCAUCUACUCAGAGCAGCCAACAGUCGUCCAGCUUCAGCUCUUCAGAGAGUCUCAAAUAUGGAUACAUCAAAGACCAUCACAGUAUCUCGGAGAAGCAGUGAGGAGCCGAAGCGGGAUAUCAGCACUCCUGAUGGAGGUCCGGCUUCCUCUCUGAUAAGCAUGAGCUCUGCUGCCGCGCUGUCCUCUUCUUCCUCUCCCACAGCCUCCGUCAACCCCACUGCACGAAGCCGCCUUCGAGAGGAGCGAAAAGACCCUUUGUCAGCUUUGGCUCGAGAGUAUGGUGGUUCCAAAAGAAAUGCACUGUUGAGGUGGUGUCAGAAGAAGACUGAGGGUUAUCAGAACAUUGACAUUACUAACUUCAGCAGCAGCUGGAAUGAUGGACUUGCCUUCUGUGCUGUCCUUCACACGUACCUGCCUGCUCACAUUCCCUACCAAGAGCUCAACAGUCAAGACAAGAGACGAAAUUUCACCCUGGCCUUCCAAGCAGCAGAAAGUGUGGGCAUCAAGUCCACUCUGGACAUCAAUGACAUGGUCCAUACAGAAAGACCGGACUGGCAGAGUGUUAUGACUUACGUCACCUCCAUCUACAAGUAUUUUGAGACCUGAGCACAUGUCCAUUCACAAACUGCCACACCCAGUGCAACAGAUUUCCGCCAACUAACCCGAGUUCAACUCUCCACCAUAUCAUCCAUGCCUAACCCUAGCACAAAGUCACAUUACGUUACACCCCCAUCACAAGGACAAAUUCUGUUAGCGUAUACUGAUAUGAUACUUUGAUUUUGGAUCUCAGCCGCUAACCCAGAAUGAGUUUGCCUUGAUAAUGGAGCUUCGGCUCACUGUUUGAAGACUCUUAACACUACAGACUAUACAUGGAAUUCUUGGUGUGGAUGAUCUGAGUCUGUGGAUUUGAAGUCAGUCGGACACGCUUGCGACCCCGUGCCUUUCGUCACCCUGAGUUCUUGCGUCCAGACAGCGUUUGGAGCAAGUCCUUCACCUUAAUUCACAACCGUGCAACACGAGCGAGACGUGCGGAUUGCUCAAAGCAGUGCCUGAUGGAAAGAAGCACUUCACUAGAGGAGAAUCGUACAAUAUAUAGCACACGAGAUUAGUAGCUUGAAAU